GGUAGUGGAAGCUAAGUUGAUAAUGCGAUAUUAACGUCACUGUGCCAUAGAAACAAGCACCUUGCAGACAUUACAGUAAAUUCCAUUUUAAAGACUUUACCAGUAUGACGCACUCGUCGGAAUUAAUUAUCUUGUUUAUAGUCCAUCCCGAGAUCUCAUAGAGACCGGUCAUGUAGCGCACAGUGACAUAGCCAAAUAAAUAAUCUAUCAAUUUAAAAGUCAAUGUAAUUAUUGAUAAUAAAAUUUAAGUGUCUACAUAUUGAGACAGUGAAAACUAGAAAAAUAACAGUGUACAAACAACAUGAGGCUUCAGAUUUUAUUGACAAUAGUCUGCUUGACAAUAAGAAUAGAUUCGCAAAGCCUGACAAGGACUUCCAACUCAAACGAACCUGGAUCUGGACAGUUAUAUUUCGAAGAUAACUUGCCCAGGAGUAAUAACAUUAAGAAUGUGAAUCUUAAUAGUGACGAUGCAAAAGCCAGCAUACAACAAGCGCAGGCGCAGUCAGGACAACAAAACCUAAGAAAUGGUAACAAACAGGAUGACAUAUUUAAGACUGUAAAUAAACCAGUUACACAAAAUGGUAACUUACAGAAUCAGUACCAAACGAUUAAUCAAAACGAUAACUUACAAAGUCAAGCAAACAAUUUGCAGAAUCAGUAUAACUAUUUGAAUCUGCCGGUAAAUCAGAAUAAUGAACAAAACCAAAAUCAGUUUAAUCCUAAUUUGAGCCAGAAUUCGAACUACCAGUUUCAACAAAGCUUGGGACUUGCACCGCCUUCGCAAUCUAGUCAAGAUUAUUAUACCAAGCAAAGUUUAACUCAUUCAAACAUCGGUGCUGGUGCCGAUAACCGAUACGCAACCCGAGCAGACCCCGUCCCUUUAUCUCAGAAUACUCGCCAAGUAAAUUUGACAAAUGAUAUGAAACUAGCGUCUGCGGUUAUCUCACACAUUGGCAUUUUUAUGAUGAAGAGCGCUAGAGGAAAUCAGUCAAACAUUGUGGUUUCUCCAGUGUCUGUGGUGAAUAUGCUGGCGCUCCUGCAAGCCGGUGCCACGGGCGCCACUCAAGAGCAAGUCACUAAUGCAUUGAGACUGUCGCCAGAGAAGUCAGCGGAAGCAUUUCGACUUAUGAAUACAGAAUUUCGGAAGCGUGGCGAUGAAAGAAACAUUUUGCGAUCAGCGAGCAGUAUUUUCGCUUCAGAUUCAUUCGAGCUUAGUCGUGAUUUCAAGAAUUUUGCAAUUCAGAACUUUGGCAGUGAAGUUUCAAGAAUCAGUUUUGACAAUCCAAAUGCUGCUGUCCAGAAAAUAAACUCUUGGAUUGCUAGCAAGACUAACAACCAGAUUAACAAGCUCGUAUCCCCAGAUUCUAUCGGUGUCAACACUCAACUCGUGCUGGCCAACGCAAUAUACUUCAAGGGUAUAUGGGAGACCAUGUUCCAGAGGUCAGAGACGUCUUUGCAAGACUUUAAUCUGAGCAAUGGAGGCAAGAAGUCUGUGUCGUUCAUGACGCUGCGGAGUGGCUUCAGGGCUGGCUUAGACAAGGCUAAUAAAGCCAUUGUCAUUGUUUUACCUUUUGAGAACAAUGAAUACUCCCUGGUCAUGUUGCUGCCCGUUGCUGGCGCCGACGUGUCGGCUGUGUUGGCGUCGCUCGAUGGUGAAACUCUUGCAAACUACCAGAACCUACGGCGCCAGGACGUUCUACUCGAAAUACCCAAAUUCAGUGUCCGAAGUAAUGCUGAUCUUCAACCGAUUUUCACAAAGAUGGGAAUCACAAGGAUGUUUUCUCCAACAUCGGAGCUCAGCCACAUCGGCCUGUACCGCGCCACUUCGCCCCAAGUCUCCUCCGCGGUUCAUUCCGCCAUGAUGUCAAUAGACGAGCAGGGCGCCACAGCCGCCGCAUCUACAGUGGUUGCAGUCGUAGCAUUGUCUUUCGACAACCCCUCCGUCGUGUUCAGGGCAGACCGGCCGUUCUUAGCUGUGCUGUGGGAUAAUCAGCUAAGCGUGCCUUUGUUCAUGACCAAGAUUGAAGAUCCUUCACUGUAAAUUUAGAUCUUGCCGAUUUUAGUAACGUAACUGUUAAGGUUAGGCUAAAUAAAUUUGAGUUGUAGGUAACUUUACGAGUCAUAAAGUUGUAGUGCCGCCUAUGACUUUGAAAUUGUCUAGAAUGUGUCUACUUAAACUCAAAGUAAUGUUAAAUACUUCUGGGCAAGCAUGGUCGCGUGAUAAACGAUAUAAUGUCAGGCAGUCCCUUUCGCACUAGGUAUUUGUCAGUGCGAUAGGGACGUACCGAUGUGAUAAAGUUUAUCGAACUAGUGUGCUACGCUCGCAGGUCUGAAAUACUCGUUUUUAUAAAUAUGUAAUAAUAUUAUAGGUUUAGAUUUAUAUAAAAACUACAAUAAACAGUUCAUAAUUCUUUAAUAUUAAAGACAGAUGUUAUGCAGUUUCGUUAAUAACUAAUUCUCGACUGCAACAUGCAAACAACAUGGGAAACUAGUUAUAACAUUAUAGUAAAAUUAAACUAAAGACACUAGUUAAAAAAAUAAAUAAAAACAGCAACUUGCUACUUGAAUAUAAAAUUCAUACCUAAUCACGAUUCGACUUACUGUCCUUUGCAUUACUUACAUCGUAGGUAUUUCUUUGCAACGUCUGUUGUUUCAAUAUUGGUUGCUCAAAAAUAUAUAAAUAUAUUUGGCAUAAAUUUCAAGACAAGCUCGGCAGAAAGAACCAACAAAUUCUUAGUCUCGAUAAGUUCAACGAAUAUAUUAAGUCUUGAUCUCUGUAAUGGAAUAAAUAAUUUGAAACCAAAAA